CGCCCAACUCCAGUCCCACUGUCGACAAGGAGCGCCUAUAACGCUCCCCCUGGAACUCUAGGGUUUCUUGCUCCAUUUCCUUUCUUUCACUCCCAAUUUCCCAUAUUCCAGACUCUCCAUUCUCCAAAUCAGGCGUCACUCCUCCGACAAUGGCGACGACGCCCGCUCUCGUCUCUCCCUCUCGGACCACUUGCGCCUCUCUCCUUCGCCAGUUGCAGGUAAUAUGGGAUGAAAUUGGGGAGGAGGACGGGGAUAGGGACAGGAUGCUUCAGCAACUUGAACAAGAGUGCCUUGAUAUCUACCGGAGAAAAGUCGACUCCAGCAGGAAGCACAAAGCUGAGUUGGCUCAGUCAUUGGCUGACGGAGAAACUGAAAUUGGCGUCCUUGUUUCCGCUCUUGGGGAAACUGCCUCAUUUCCUCGGAGCGUAAAGGGCUCUCUGAAGCAGCAGUUAUCCGCCCUCAAACCUGCUUUGCAAGACUUGAGGCAGAGGAAACAAGCACGGAUGAGCGAGUUUCAUAAGACUCAGUUGCAGAUUGCUCAAAUCUGUGCGGAAAUAGCAGGAAAUGAUAUCAACACUGUUGAUCCGAAAAUUGAUGAACGUGAUUUGACUGUGAAGAAAUUGGGCGAACUCAAGUCACACCUCAACGAACUCCAAACGGAAAAGAAUCUGCGUCUGCAUAAGGUUAGCAGCUCUCUCGGCAAAAUUCACGAGCUGUCAGUUGUAAUGUCAAUCGAUUUCUCCAACACUGUUGCCGAUAUCCAUCCCAGCUUAUGUGAUCAUACUCAGUCAAAGAGCAUAAGCAAUGACACACUAGCUCGAUUAACUAGUGUGAUUCAAUCAUUAAGGCAAGAGAAGCUGGAUAGGCUACAUAAGCUUCAAGAUCUUGGGAAGACACUAAUGGGGCUAUGGGAUCUUAUGGACACAAAUGUAGAGGAACAAGGAAAAUUUGAUCAUGUUACUUCACUAAUUUCUUCCUCAUUGGAUGAGGCAUCAAGACAAGGCUGCCUUGCACUUGAUGUCAUUGAGCAGACUGAGGUUGAAGUUGAGAGAUUGAAUGCUCUCAAAGCCGGCAAGAUGAAAGAGUUGGUAUUGAAAAGACAAAAUGAGCUGGAAGCAAUAUACAUAGAUGUUCAUAUGGAGAUAGAUGCUGAUGCAGCACGGCGGGCUCUUAUCAACCUAAUUGAAUCUGGAAAUGUUGAGCUCUCUGAUCUGCUCUCCAGUAUGGACAACCAGAUAACAAUGGCCAAAGAGCUAUCACUAAGCCGGAAGGAGGUUUUGGACAAGGUAGAGAAAUGGAAACAUGCUUAUGAGGAAGAAAAGUGGCUUGAAGACUAUGAAAAGGAUGAAAAUCGGUACAGUGCAGGGAGAGGUGCGCAUAAAAAUUUGAAGCGUGCAGAGAAGGCAAGAAUUCUAGUCAGCAAAAUACCAUCUAUGGUUGAGAAUUUGACUUCAAAAGUGAAAGCCUGGGAAUUGGAGCGAGGCAUUUCUUUCCAGUGUGACAAGGCUCCCCUGUUACGGAUGUUGGAGGAAUAUACUGCAAUGAGGCACGAAAGAGAAGACGCGAGGCGACGCACAAAGGAGCACAGGCGUGUACAAGAGCAGAUGGCAGCUGAGCAAGAGGCAAUUUAUGGGUCGCGGCCCAAGAAACCACUGGGCCAAAGCACCGCCAACAACACUAUGGUCGGGACACCCAUGGGACGCCGUGGGCCCACCUCAUUGGGCCGUCACAACGCACCUUCUGCUGGAAAGGAGCGCCGAGAGAGCCGGUACCAUAACGUGGCGCCUAUCAACUAUGUGGCCCUUCCAAAGGACGACCACUCCGUCUCUCGUGGCGCCUAACCCACCCGGCUCGAGCCAGCCAGGGUCAAACGCAAACAAAGUAGCCGGUUUGUAAAAACCUGUAAAAAUGUCAUUUUGCUUCAAUCUCGACUUUUUCUAUACAGUGAUGAACUUGUCCCGCGAUCUCACUAGGGGAGGACGACAUGACUGUUCUGAUGUGCUACUGCUAAUCACAUAGAAGAUCUCUCUUUGUAGUUUCUUUACAGGAUGGGAAAAUCGUGUUUGAAUUCGAAUCCUAACCUUGGGGUGCGAUACAUGAGGAUUAAUGCACUGAAUUCUGUUGGAAUUCAAAGUUAAACAUACUUAAUGAGAGUAGUACAAUAUAUAUGACUUUUUGUA